GGAGCAGCUGCUGCCGCCGCCGCCGCGAGAGGAGCCGCUGGCUGGACGGGGCCGCUGGGACUCGCUUGACCCAGAAGAACCGGGCGUGGAGCAGAGGAGCUCGGGCCGGGCGAGGAGCAGAAUUGCCAUGUCACCUUUCCUGAGGAUCGGGCUGUCUAAUUUUGACAGCGGCCCCUACCUCCCUUCGCAAGGAGACGUGGUCGAUCCGUAUUGCGCCGUGGUGGUAAAGGAGGCGGUUGAAGCUGAGAAAGGCCCAGUGUUUGUGCAAAAGAAGCCGACAAUGUAUCCUCCCUGGAACAGCACUUUCGAUGCGCACAUCCACAGGGGCCGCGUCAUGUACAUCAUGGUGAAGGACAAAAACGCGGAGAUGGUCUCGGAGACCACCGUGGAACUCAACCUGGUCGCUGAAAAGUGCAAGAGGAAUAACGGGAAAAUGGAACUUUGGCUGGAACUGAAACCCCAAGGAAGGAUGUUAAUGAAUGCAAGAUACUUUUUGGAAAGUACCGAUGAUCCAGAGUUUAUCGACUGUGAAAAGGAGGGUUUUUUCUCGCUGCAUCAACGGAGAGGAGCCAUCAAGCAAGCGAAGAUUCAUAAUGUCAAGUGCCACGAGUUCACGGCCACUUUCUUUCCCCAGCCCACGUUCUGUUCUGUUUGCCACGAGUUUGUCUGGGGCCUUAACAAACAAGGUUAUCAGUGCAGGCAAUGCAAUGCUGCAAUUCACAAGAAGUGUAUUGACAAAGUUAUCGCAAAGUGUACCGGAUCGGCUGUUAACAGUAGAGAAACGAUGUUCCACAAGGAAAGGUUUAAGAUCGACAUGCCCCAUCGCUUCAAAGUGUACAAUUAUAAAAGCCCCACCUUCUGUGACCAUUGUGGAACGCUGCUCUGGGGCCUGGCACGGCAGGGCUUAAAAUGCGACGCCUGCGCAAUGAACGUCCACCACAAAUGCCAGACCAAAGUGGCGAAUCUUUGCGGCGUGAACCAGAAACUCAUGGCGGAAGCCUUGGCGCUGAUUGAAAGCAGGCAACAAGCCCGAAGCCUGCGUGAUUCAGAGCGGAUUUUACGAGAAGGACCAGUUGAAAUCUCCUGUGUGAAGGAGGAGCCGCUCAGCCCUUCUGUGCCCCCAACAAGCAGAAAAGAACCACAAGGAAUUUCCUGGGAAUCGCCAGCAGAUGACCUCCCGGUUUCUGAUUCUCCAGUAGAACUGGAACUGAGGAAAGACGUUCAAGUCGAAUUGCCAAAAUUAACCAUCAAUGAUUUUUACUUGCACAGAAUACUGGGGAAAGGAAGUUUUGGCAAGGUUUUCCUCGUCGAGCUCAAAACCACAAACCAGUUUUUCGCCAUGAAAGCCCUGAAGAAAGAAGUGGUUCUGAUGGACGAUGACGUGGAAUGUACUAUGGUGGAGAAGCGUGUCCUCUCGCUGGCUUGGGAGCACCCAUUUCUCACCCACGUCUUCUGUACUUUCCAAACUAAGGAGAACCUCUUCUUUGUAAUGGAGUACCUCAAUGGCGGAGAUCUGAUGUUCCAUAUUCAGAACUGCCAUAAAUUUGAAAUGGACCGAGCAAGGUUCUAUGCUGCUGAAAUUAUUUGUGGGCUGCAGUUCCUUCAUUCCAAAGGCAUCAUAUACAGAGACCUCAAGCUUGAUAAUGUUCUCCUUGACAAAGAAGGCCACAUCAAGAUCGCCGACUUUGGCAUGUGCAAAGAGAACAUGGUAGGCAACGCUAAAACCAGCACCUUCUGCGGGACGCCGGAUUAUAUUGCCCCCGAGAUUCUUCUUGGGCAGAAAUACAACAUGGCCGUUGAUUGGUGGUCCUUCGGGGUCCUUCUGUACGAGAUGCUGAUUGGCCAGUCCCCCUUCCACGGCCAGGAUGAAGAACAGCUCUUCCAGUCCAUCCGCAUGGACAGCCCAUUCUACCCCCGCUGGCUUGACAAAAUUGCAAGGGACCUCUUAGUAAAGCUUUUCGUUCGAGAACCAGAGAGGCGGUUGGGAACCAGCGGGAAUAUCCGACAGCAUGCCUUCUUUCAGGAUAUCACCUGGGAAGCUUUGGAAAGAAAAGAGAUUGAUCCGCCUUUCAAGCCUAUCGUAAAAUCGCCAGGGGAUUGCAGCAACUUCGACAAGGAAUUUCUCAACGAAAAUCCCCGACUCUCCGUUGGAGACCGGACCCUCAUCAACAGUAUGGACCAAAACAUGUUUAGGACUUUUUCGUUUACCAACCCCAUCAUGGAGAAAUUGCUAUCCUGAGGGAGGACCUACGAAAGCGGCCUCCUUAAGCACCUGGUGAUAUCAGCUCAGCCAGGGGUCGGAGACUGCCAGUGCUGGCUUGCACCUCUGUCUACAUCUUUCCUGCUCUGAACUUGCAACUUUUGAGAGUGCAAAAAUUGCUGAGGUCCUUUCAUACCGUGUCUUCUCAUUCACUGGGCAACCAGGAGGAUGGGAGGACCUGCUUUCAGGUGAAGACUUGAAGUGACUCCCUGUUUCUGACCCAGCUCCCCAAACACGACAAACCUUCUGCAGUGAACUUAAAAGAUUCCUGUAUUAGGAAUGCCGGCAGACUGUUGUGAUCCAGGCCCAAGUAGGUAGUAAUAAACUUAGUCCCUCUGGAAAAACAAACUUUAUUCGAACAGAUGGGAAUUACUUCGUUCCCAGCAUCGUUCAACUCAAAGUAAAACAAAUGCCUCCCAACACAAAUUCCUCAGUUAUCUCACAAACCUUAGUCCAAUUAGGCAAACUGCUAAAGACUCUUCCUGGCAAAUGUCCAGAAGCCACAAAAACAAAGAUGUACACGAAGCAAAGGACGAAGCAGAAGAUGCAGCUACAACGUUGUUUUCCGGCAAAGCUGAAACACCAGUGCUGGUCUGUUUUAAGCCUUAUGGGAGGGGCCAAUCAUCUCCUGGCCUUAUUCCCGAGUUGUCCUCUCUGCUUGAGCUGCUCUUGCCUUCUGGCAGCUCUUCUCAUGCGUGCAUUAGGAACAAGCUCCUCCUCUUCCUCUGCCUCACUGCUUCCUUCCCCAGAACCGGCCCAUAGAUUUCCACUGCUCUCCUCUCCUUUGCCUUCUGCACAGCUUUGCAUCAGGCACUGGACCCAGCUGUUCCUCCUCUUCUUCAUCAGCCACCUCCAGACCUGCGGGCUGUUGACACUCCCUCUGAGGGCUGACUGACAGCCCAGGCUCCGCCUCUGUCUCUCUCUCUGACAGCUCAAUUCCCUCUUCCCCUUCAGAGCUCUCAGGUUGCCUGAUUCCCACGGCUCCUUCUCCUCAUCCGAUUCGGAAGUUGGAGGGGCCGCUGGCCAACAGGCCACAACACCCCCAAGACUGGAAUUACAAUUGCACAAGCUUUUUCAAGACAACUACUGUAGAGUUUUGACAUGCUGCAACCUAUUAUCCUUCUCGGUUGUAAUGUUUCUGGUCCCCUGAUUCCAACAUCAGAUGCUGGGAAAUCUUUGGCGAACACUUCUCCAAGGCCAAGGAUGCUACAGAUACUCCUCAACUUACAAUCAUUCGUUUAGUGACCAUUCGAAGUUACAACAACACUGGAAAAAGUGACUUGUGACCGAUUUUCACACUGACGACCAUUGCAACAUCCCCAUGAUCAAAUUGCUCAUAUUUAUGGCGGUUGCAAUGUCCAAGAGUCAUAUAAUAAUCUUUUGCGAACUUCUGACGAGCAAAGUUAAUGGGGAAGCCAGAUUCACUUAAUGACUUUGUUACUAAUUACUGCAAUGUUUCCCUUAAUGGCUGUGGCAAAAAAAAAAAAAAAGGUCGUAAAAUGGAGCAAAACUCCUUUAACCACUGUCUUGCUUAGCAAUGGAAAUUUUGGGCUCGGUUGUGGUCGUAAGUCGAGGACUACCUGUAAUCUAUAAUUUCUUCUUCUGCACGAGACGAUUCAGAAUGAUGACAUUUAUGAAAUAUGGUUCUACAGCAGGUAAUAGCAUACAGGUAGUCCUCGAACUUACAACGGUUCAUUUAGUGACCGUUCAAAGUCACGUCACUGAAAAAAAGUGACCUAUGACCAUUUGUCACACGUAGCGACCAUUGCAGCAACCCCAUGGUCACGGGAUCAAAAUUCAGACACUUGGCAACUGACUCGUACUUACGACGGUUGCAGUGUCCCGGAGUCACGUGAUCCCCUUUUUACGACCUUCUGACAAGCAAAGUCAACAGGGAAGCCUCUGUUUCACUUAACAACCAAUAUUCCUAACUGUACAACUGCGAUGAUUCACUUAACAACUGUGGCAAGAAAGGUGGUAAAAUGGGACAAAACUCACUUAACAGCUGUCUCACUUAGCAACAGAAAGGUGGGGCUCGAUUGUGGUUGUACGUUGAGGACCGGCUCU